GGCUUCAGACCACACACCUCUCUUGCCUUCCGUCACUACUCUCUUGCCCAGUUCCUUGGAAUCUCUGAUUCUGUACGCUCCUUUUCUCUCCCCUUCUCCUACAAGCCUCAAUUUUCGCCCUAUCCGUCAUCCCAUACAACCAUGAAGGUCACUAGCCUAUCUCUCGUCGCUGCGGCAGCCGUUGUGGCGGCACAGGAAGAUCGGAACGGGACCUGGGUCGGGCCCACGGCUCAUCCCAUUUCACCGCUUGCGCUGCACCCAUCCCCCACCAGCUAUACAACUUCGACCAUCUAUACGACCACAGUCUUUACAGUCACUUCAUGUGCUCCCGCCGUCACAUUUUGCCCCGAACGAGGAUCUGUGGUCACCAAAACCGUAUCUCUCUACACCACCGUCUGUCCCGUCUCCAGCGCGGUUCCCCAUCUUCCGCCCCCCGAGCCGACGCCCACGUCCUUUGGCGUCUCGACGGUGGAAAAGACCAUUGUUAGCACUGUAACCUCUUGUCCUCCGGCAGUGCCUAAUUGUGACAUUGGGCGCGAGGUCACCUCCGUCUCCACCUACACCACCACAUACCCCAUCGGAGGCCCUACUGCGGCGCAUCAUAAUGCAGGUCCUCAAGGGACUGGUGCCCUGAGUCCUCAUCACCCCAUGUCGCCCAAAGGCAACGUGACGCUGCCUAGUGCGCCCAAAGUGAGUACCGUCAGCGGUGCCACGGCACUAGCCUCGAGCACCCUGUUGGUCUUCCUGGGUUUAGCCGCGGGCGCUGCGACAGCUUGGAUCCAAAUCUAA